AUAUUGAUGAAUGUCAUAAUCAGUACAAUUUUUGUAAUCAAAGGUGUACUAACACCAUUGGCUCCUACUCAUGUUCCUGCAAUACAGGAUAUGAGCUAUUGGCUAAUGAACAUGAUUGCUUUGAUAUAAAUGAAUGUGAGCUUAAUAAUGGAGACUGUGAUCACAACUGUACUAACACUAUUGGAAGUAAUAUAUAUCAAGCCAUAUUUUUAAUAAUAAGGAUUGCGUUAGAUAUUGAUGAAUGUCUACCAAAAGACAAGUGUGAGGGUAUUUGUCACAAUACUAAAGGAAGUUAUGAAUGCAAGUGUCAAACAGGAUAUUACUUGGGUGAUGAUAAUUACACUUGCCUUGAAAUUAAAGUUAAAGAUGACUCGAGUUUAGCUACAACAUUAUUAACUACUAGCAUUAUGGCAUCUCAGACACCAGGAGAUAAGGAUAAAAAUGUUACCACUCCAGAUACUGUAUGUAUCAAUCAACAUCCUACUGGUGAUGUGACAUACAUCAUAACAACUAUUUUUGCAGCUACAACUUUUGCUUUGUUGGCAAUUAUUUUGAUAGCUCUUCUUGUAAUCAUUAAAAAUAAAAAGACCAAUCAACCAAGUGAUGAUGAUGGCAGUGACACAGUCAGGAAAAAUAAUCCAUUGUAUAACAAUCAUGUUUUCGUUCAAGAGAACCUUUUGACAUAUGAUAUCUAA